AGGAUGAGCGCGGAGGCGGCGGACCGGGAGGCGGCCACCUCCAGCCGGCCCUGCACCCCGCCGCAGACCUGCUGGUUCGAGUUCCUGCUGGAGGAGUCGCUGCUGGAGAAGCAUCUGCGCAAAGCCUGUCCGGAUCCGGCGCCAGUUGAGCUUAUAGUUCAGUUUUUGGAGCAGGCUUCCAAACCUUCAGUUAAUGAGCAGAACCAAGUCCAGCCUCCGCCUGAUAACAAGAGAAACCGGAUCCUAAAGCUUCUUGCUCUUAAGGUUGCUGCACAUUUGAAGUGGGAUUUAGACAUACUGGAGAAAAGCCUGUCCGUGCCAGUGUUGAACAUGCUGCUGAAUGAGCUGCUGUGCAUCAGUAAAGUCCCUGCGGGGACCAGGCAUGUAGACAUGGAUCUGGCAGCCCUCCCCCCAACCACUGCCAUGGCCAUCCUCCUCUACAACCGAUGGGCAAUUCGGACAAUUGUUCAAAGUAGUUUUCCUGUCAAACAGGCAAAACCUGGACCCCCUCAACUGAAUGUCAUGAAUCAAAUGCAACAGGAAAAGGAACUAACAGAAAACAUUUUGAAAGUGCUAAAAGAACAAGCUGCAGAUUCUAUUUUGGUCCUGGAAGCAGCCUUGAAAUUAAACAAGGAUUUAUAUGUUCACACUAUGAGAACUUUGGACUUACUAGCAAUGGAACCAGGCAUGGUGAAUGGAGAAACUGACAGUUCUACAGCUGGGCUGAAAAUCAAAACUGAGGAGAUGCAAUGCCAGGUAUGUUAUGAUUUAGGUGCAGUGUACUUCCAGCAAGGCUCUACAAAUUCAGCUGUCUAUGAAAAUGCCAGAGAGAAGUUUUUUAGGACUAAAGAACUUAUUGCCGAGAUAGGUUCAUUAUCUCUUCAUUGUACCAUAGAUGAGAAGCGGCUAGCCGGCUACUGUCAAGCCUGUGAUGUUCUUGUACCUUCUUCUGAUAAUAACUCUCAGCAGUUGACUCCAUAUAGUCAGGUCCACAUUUGUUUACGAUCUGGCAAUUAUCAGGAGGUAGUGCAGAUUUUCAUUGAAGAUAACCUAACCUUCACUUUACCUGCUCAGUUCCGGCAGUCAGUACUAAGGGAGCUUUUUCAAAAAGCUCAACAAGGAAAUGAAGCUCUGGAUGAAGUCUGUUUUAAAGUAUGUGUCUGCAACACAGUACAUGAUAUUCUGGAAGGAAGAACAGUUAGUGUCCAGUUUAACCAGCUGUUUCUUAGACCAAACAAAGAAAAAAUAGACUUUCUCCUUGAGGUGUGUUCAAGAUCAGUAAAUGUAGAAAAAGCUUCAGACUCUUUGAAGGGAAACAUGGCUGCUUUUCUAAAGAACGUGUGUCUGGGGUUGGAAGAUCUGCAGUACGUCUUUAUGAUUUCUUCACACGAGCUUUUCAUUACAUUGUUGAAAGAUGAAGAACGAAAGCUUCUUGUCGAUCAGAUGAGGAAGAGGGCCCCCAGAGUCAAUCUGUGCAUUAAGCCUGUGACUUCUUUUUAUGAUAUCCCAGCUUCAGCAAGUGUCAACAUUGGCCAGUUGGAACAUCAGCUUAUAUUAUCAGUGGAUCCCUGGCGGAUCAGACAGAUUUUAAUUGAAUUACAUGGUAUGACUUCAGAUCGACAAUUUUGGACUGUGUCCAAUAAGUGGGAAGUACCUUCUGUAUAUAGUGGUGUUAUCCUAGGAAUUAAGGACAAUUUAACAAGAGAUUUGGUUUACAUUCUCAUGGCCAAAGGUUUACACUGCAGUAAUGUCAAGGACUUUCCCCAUGCUAAACAGCUAUUUGCAGCUUGUUUAGAGUUGGUGACAGAGUUCUCACCAAAACUCCGGCAAGUUAUGCUGAAUGAGAUGUUACUUUUGGAUAUUCACACCCAUGAAGCUGGAAUGGGACAAUCAGGAGAGAGACCUCCUUCUGACCUUAUUAGUAGGGUCCGAGGAUAUCUGGAAAUGAGGCUUCCUGAUAUUCCUCUUCGUCAAGUUGUAGCUGAAGAGUGUGUUGCUUUUAUGUUAAACUGGAGAGAAAAUGAGUAUCUUACUCUGCAAGUUCCUGCAUUUUUACUUCAGAGUAAUCCAUAUGUAAAGCUUGGACAGCUUUUAGCAGCCACCUGCAAGGAACUUCCAGGCCCUAAAGAAAGUAGGAGGACUGCUAAAGACCUUUGGGAAGUUGUUGUUCAGAUCUGCAGUGUGUCUAACCAGCACAAACGAGGAAACGAUGGCAGAGUUAGUUUAAUAAAGCAGAGGGAAUCUACACUAGGCAUAAUGUAUCGGAGUGAACUACUUUCUUUUAUCAAAAAAUUGCGGGAACCACUGGUUUUGACUAUUAUUUUAUCACUCUUUGUGAAGCUUCACAAUGUUCGGGAGGACAUUGUGAAUGAUAUCACAGCUGAACACAUUUCUAUUUGGCCAUCUUCCAUUCCUAAGAAGCAGCUGUGGCUUAUAUUGGAGCCCUGAAGUAUGUGACCUUGAGCAACUUGCUGUUAUCCUGAAUUCUUCUUCAGCUCUGAAAUGAGUAUAAAAAUAGUAUUUACCCUUGAUAUAUGAGAGUUAAUAAGUUAGUGCAGGCUUAAUGCUGUCUUUUAUGAUGGUAAUACUUUAAUGUAAAUUGAUUCUGAAAAAAAUAAAGGUCUGACCACAAACCAUAUUUUACCUGAUGAAGACUCCUUAUGGAUUCUUAAGACGACAUUCCAAGAACAGUAUGGACAUAGUGGAUUAAGUGAUUCACACUAGUUACUACAUAAGACUCUUUACACCUGCUGAUCUUUACAGUUUCAGUAAAAUAACAUAAGCCAGUUUAAUUCUUUAGCUGAAGAUAUAGUACUGGGUUUUGCUAACAGUACUGCAGUUUCUUCCUCACUGUACUGGCUAUAUUUGUGGGUCAUGAAAAACCUAAGCCUUUAGGGCCAAUAGAAGUGCUUUGUCAUGUUCCUUUGCCUGGCAUAUGAGCCUCAUCUGCUUCUGAAUCUGAGGCCUGAGUUCCUUUUCACUAAGCUUUUGGUUUCCAGGAAAGAGGAGCAAUCGGCUGUUUGCUGGGUGCUGGCCCCUCUUUUCCCAGGUCAGAGCAUUUGGCCCUUCUCCCUUCCUUCCUUUCUUGACUGUGUGGCCGUUAGGGCCAGUGAAACAGCGAAUCUGGAGCACACACUUGUGAGAGUCCUGGGGAGUUUCAAGGUCACAUAGGAAUAUUUGUUAAUAUUUGAGCUCUUAGGUUUUUUGUGGCUAUCAGAAAGCAUAAUUUUGCUGUUGCUCUGAUUAAUGUUAAGUAGAGGUAAAGGUUGUAUCAUUCUGUGGUGGUGGAGAUUUUUGACUGUCUUUUGUUUUUUUAAUAAUAAUUGUAUGGUAUUUGAAAAUAGUGAUUAAUGUGUAAUGUUUUC